GGUGUUGAUUCGGUAUAUGAGGAUUUGAGGGUUUGCCGUUCGAAAAAUGAGAACCACCUGUAGUAACUUCUCUGUGUUUCGAUGUUAAUUUAUUUAUUUUUCUUGUUUGGCCUUUCGGCUUUUCUUUUCCCUUCUCAUUAUCGACAAUUUAGAAUGCGAACGAUUCAUUUUGCAGUAAUCCCAGUCAUCUUUUCUAUGGGGAUACACAGUCUCAUCAGUGAUUGGAGGUGCUUUGGUAGACAGAUAUGGAGGAAAGACAGUGAUGGCAUGGGGUUUGGCCAUAUGGUAUUUGGCAACUCUCCUCACUCCAUGGGCUGCUAACCAUUCCACCACCAGCCUCUUGGCCGUUCGUGCCUUCUUUGGACUCACUGAAGGUGUAGCCCUCCCGUCCAUAAGCACCCUCUUAUCAAGGUGGUUUCCGACCCAAGAAAGAGCAAGUGCAAUUGGAAUCUCUAUGGCUGGUUUUCACCUCGGCAAUGUCACUGGCUUACUACUAACUCUGGUUAUGUUGUCAACGAUGGGAAUUUCCGGUCCCUUUAUUCUCUUAUCGUCCAUUGGACCGCUCUGGCUGACCGUAUGGGCGUACACAGUCACAAAUGAUCCAAGAGAGAGUCGUUACAUCAGCAAAUCGGAGGUCCGAGUGAUCCAAGCCGGAAAAUCUGAUUCUCCAAAAAAAUGAAAGGAAAGCUUCCAUCUAUACGGCUCCUGUUUUCAAAAUUACCAACACGGGCCAUUAUUUCUACAAAAGAAUGUUUCACACUGAGAAUUUAAUAAAAUAUCAUACAUUAAUUUGCUUCUUACAAAUGAAUUUAAAAAUAUAUAACAUAAGAGCAAUGAAUGAAAAUAACAAAUGCAUUACAAAAGCACUUAACAAACAUUUUGCAUAAGCAAAAGUUGCUCAAGCCCAAAAAUGACUCAAAACUUUGAACUCCCAAGU